CUGAGCGUAGCUCCAUCAAAUGACGCAGUGCCGUUGGCUCCUCCCCUCUGCCAGCGGCUUAAAGGGUCACGUUGCGCUGCAGCAGAGAAAGAGAGACAUCUCCGCAUCCUUCGCAAUACCUCACCUGCCCUGUGUCCACCGAAAGACAUCAACCUUUCGCCACCAUGACUCACCAGUAUCCCGCACUGACUGCUGAGCAGAAAAAGGAGCUGCAGGACAUCGCUCAGAGGAUAGUUGCUCCAGGAAAGGGAAUCCUCGCAGCCGAUGAGUCCACCGGCAGCAUGGCGAAGCGUUUGAACCCCAUCGGGGUUGAGAACACCGAGGAGAACCGACGUCGCUACCGCCAGCUUCUCUUCACCGCUGACGAGCGCAUCGACAGCUGCAUCGGCGGGGUCAUCUUCUUCCACGAAACCCUCUACCAGAAAACAGACGACGGCACUAACUUCGCCCAGCUCAUUAAAGACCGUGGCAUUGUUGUUGGAAUCAAGGUGGAUAAAGGUGUUGUUCCGCUCGCUGGAACCAACGGAGAGACCACCACCCAGGGUCUGGACGGGCUGUCUGAGCGCUGUGCGCAGUACAAGAAGGACGGCGCAGACUUUGCUAAAUGGCGUUGUGUGCUGAAGAUCAGCGAGACCACACCAUCUCAGCUGGCCAUCAUGGAGAACGCUAACGUCCUAGCCCGAUACGCUAGCAUCUGCCAGCAGAACGGUAUUGUUCCAAUCGUGGAGCCAGAGAUCCUUCCCGAUGGAGACCACGACCUGAAGCGUUGCCAGUACGUCACCGAGAAGGUUCUAGCUGCAUGCUACAAGGCUCUGUCAGACCACCACGUCUACCUGGAGGGGACGUUGCUGAAACCCAACAUGGUCACGCCCGGACACGCCUGUCCCACCAAGUUCAGCAGCGAGGAGAUCGCCAUGGCGACCGUCACCGCCCUGCGCCGCACCGUGCCACCUGCCGUCACAGGAGUGACGUUCCUGUCGGGUGGUCAGUCAGAGGAGGAGGCCAGCGUGAACCUCAACUCCAUUAACACCUGCCCUCUCAUGAAGCCCUGGGCCCUGACCUUCUCCUACGGCCGCGCCCUGCAGGCCUCCGCCCUCAACGCCUGGAGAGGAGAGCUGAACAACGAGAAGGCCGCCACUGCGGAGUUCAUCAAGCGUGCCCAGGCUAACGGGCUGGCCGCUCUCGGCAAGUACGAGUCUGCUGGAACCGGCGGCGCUGCUUCCAAGUCUCUCUACGUGGCUAACCAUGCCUACUAAACAUCUAACCACCACAUCCAGCUGCGGCCUAGUUCUAGUCUUACAUUUGCUCUGCUACCCCUCCCCCCAGUCCUCCAUCAGCCACAGGCCUGCGCUGUCUACUGUAAUUUGUUCUCGGAGUUAUUAACAUUAUUAGAUGUCUAUUUAAAAAUGCAAUAUUAUAAGGAAGAGUUAUUUUUUAUCCUGUUUAAUCAAACAAGUCGGAUUUGAGAUAAUUUAUGACUGAAGGUUAGUUUUAUGUGUUUGGGCUCAACGGUUAAGGAUGCUAGAGAAUGUACUUAAAACAAAGCUGCCAGUAUUUUAUUUUCCUCAGUAGAACUGCGCCUGUUUCAGUGUCGGGUGUUUUUCCUCCUCAUCUGCUCCCAAACGGGCCGAGAUCACCAUGCGUGUGUCGGUGUUGCGCUUCUGUCAGAACACAACGUCAGACCUUUGUUCAGCAUUCACACCGACGGUGGGACCAACCCGUGAAUAGUGGCAACAGUACACACACUCCAGAACAAAAGAAGAAGAGGGUUUGAUGUUAAACUGAGUUUUGGCGUCAGGUCAAGUCGGUAGACUAAACGGUACUGUAAUAAUCGCUACGCACCAGGAUUCAUCCCAAAUCUUUAAUUCUUGUGCUCCUUAUUACUGUCAUCAUUAAAACGAAGCAUCACGUGUGUCUUCUCAGUAUAACAGCUUUAAAUGACACUCCGUAGGUAAUGUAUUUAGUUGUGUGAAAGUAUUGAUGUUAUGUGGUUUUUGUGUCACCCCUCCCCUUGCGGCUGUCUCGCCCCUGCCCAUCCCCACAGCAGAGAUCAAAUGAGUUUGUGUGGAUUUGUCUGUGGGCUCGGCGGGGCAGAGACGGGCACUGCUUUGUUGGAGUACUGUGGUGUUUGUGAUGUUCAAAUCAUUCCCAAAAACAGUCGGUGUAUAGUGGAGAAAAUAAACAGUAAUUCACAACCUGG